AUGUCAACGGUGAGCCAGGAGAAUUCAUGGAAAACCAUACACUAUUAUGGAAAUCAUUUAAAUAACAAUAGAAGUUCGUACACGGAUAAAGUUUUGAAGAAACGAAAAAAUGUUUAUGACGUGACAAAAUGGCGGACUAAAGCAAGAUGGCGGAUGACGGAAAGGAUGUUAUUAAUGUUUAUGAUUUUGAAUGUUUUGCGAGUGACUCACGGAGAAAGUCUAACAAGCCGUGUUCUGGCCUCCAUUCUGGGUUAUCCCAGUACAUGCAAUGUUGGUGCAGAAGUGAGACCUUGCACCUUGUCUCUUACCUGUUGGCUACGAGGAGGAGUUAGGGUUAGGGGUUGUGGUAGUGGCUGGCUGUUCUCAUGCUGUAUAGCAGCUGAGCCGUCAAGAAAUGAUUUUGAUAACACGAUACCCUCUUCGGAUUGGAGGUAUGAGUACAAAGUCGUACCGCCGAAGUUGCGUCAAGUUCCACAGCGGAGCGUGGUUCCUACUAAUGUGUUUCGACGAAGAGUUGACGAUGAUAUUAGUCAGGUGGACUGUGGUCUACCGGCUACAAGAAUUUUACAAAAAAGAAUUAUUGGGGGCAGAGAAGCGAGAUUUGCGGAGUUUCCUUGGCAAGCGCAUGUCAGAAUAUCUGAGUUUCAGUGCGGCGGUGUAUUGGUAUCGAGAUGGUACGUCGCAACAGCUGCACAUUGUGUGUCCCGAGCUCGAACGCGUGACAUUGCGGUGUGGCUCGGUGCCUUGGACACUACUGCUGGUACCCAUACUGCGAGAAAACUUGGGGUUGUCCAGAAAAUUCUUCAUCCGCUGUUCCAAUUCCGUAUUACACAGCCCGAUAGAUACGAUAUUGCCCUUCUCAAGCUGUCUAGACCGAUUAUAUAUACCAGCCACAUCUUGCCGAUUUGUCUACCGGAUCUGGACCUUGAAUUGCGAGGAAAGUCAGGCGUUAUAGCCGGAUGGGGAAAAACUGAUGCCAGUAAUGGUCAUACUGGCACUAACUUACUGAGAUCUGCUACUGUUCCUAUUUUAAGUACAGAACAAUGUAUUACCUGGCACCAAAGCAAGCAGAUCUUAGUUGAAAUUCACUCUGAAAUGAUAUGCGCCGGCCAUUCAGAUGGCCACCAAGAUGCUUGUUUGGGUGAUUCCGGGGGACCUUUAAUAGUCCUGGACAGCGGAAGGUAUUAUUUAGUUGGCAUCACAUCCGCUGGCUUCGGCUGCGGCGUGGACCACCAGCCGGGGAUCUACCACAACGUGAAGACCACCGCCGGCUGGAUCAAAGAAAUUAUCAGUCCAACUUCUAACUUCAUUGAUUUUUAGUUCCACACAAAAGACAUUUAAUUUAAAUUAGAAAAGAAAUAGAACUUUGUUUAA